ACGACAGUCUCAGUUGCAAAAUUCCCGUGCAAGUACGAGAUAUCGUAUCGUAUGUACAGUAACAACGGAUCAACCAGUUACACUUUUAUCUACUAAUCUCUUCGUUGUUGAAUUACGAGAAUCGAUUAAAAACAGAAAGAUAAUUUCAACGACAUUAUGUAUCUUUUGCCAUUAUUAUUUUCGAAUCUUCAUUUGGGAUUGGAUGCUCCUUUUAACUCAAUGGAUUUCUCCACUGGAACUCUUAGUAAAACGAAUCUUGCCUUGGAUUUCUUUUACAAACCCUGGAUAAAUUUGUUAAAUCAUAAUCAAUAUAUCGCCAGUACCACAAACAUUGACGACGAUGUCUUCAAAAUCACUAUGAACGUGCAGCAGUUCAAUCCAGAAGAGAUCACUGUCAAAGUGAUAGAUGGUUGGGUGGUCGUUGAAGCCAAACAUAAGAAACAUAACAAGAUCAAUAUUGCGACCCGGCAAUUCGUGAAACAAUAUCUAUUACCUAAUCGCGUCGAUGUCAAUCAGGUAACAUCUUCGAUAUCGAAAAAUGGUAUUUUAACGAUUACGGCGCCGUUAAAACUGGCGGAAGAAAAGAUGAUUCAAAUUGAGGUUGAUGCGAGACAGACUGCCACUGGACAAACGACUGCUGGACAAGCUGGUACAGGACAUGCAGAAAAAACUAAUAUCAAACAGGCUGGUGGAAGAACUAAUAGUAAAGCAGACGCUGGACAGGUUACUGCUGAAAAGAUUGUCGCUGAAAAGGCUAGCGCAGAAUAUACUAAAGCGCAAAAGACAAAUGCAGGAAAAGCUAGUGCAUAUUAUACACAGUGUGACUAUUAAAUUCCCGGAUUAAAGCCAUAAAAGAAUAAUUAACUAUACAAAAUAAUUAUAUUUAUUAAUAUAAUCAUUCAAUAUAGUUUUCUUCCUCUUAAAAAAAUGUUUUCAUCAUUUUUGUACAACAAAUACUCAAGAAGCAUUCACCAUCAGUUCUCUCGUCACAAUUUGUUAGAUUGAUGAUACAUGCGCAAAUUUCGUCGUUUUUAAUUUAAAAAAUAAAAUGAGUCAACUAACGCUAAAUCAGACGGAUAAGAUGGAUUGUCAAAUUUGAACACAUUAACAAAUUUACAAAUUGUACAUGCUCAACAAAUAUUGUCUCUAACUAGUCCGUCGUUAAUACUAGAUAAAUAGCACUAGUAGUAUUACCAUAUUAGUGAGAAUGUCAGUUCAGGAACUUAAUUGUCACACUGUGUAUAACCGUCUAGAGACAGUAGAAGGGCAACAGAAAUUACUUGAAAGCAAAUAAUGGCAACAUAGAGAGCAAGAUUUAAAGCCUUGAAAUAGAAUAGAUUAUGGAAUUUUUUUCUUUGCUAUAAUAUUCAUGCAUACACUUUAUCUUGUUCUUUUCACUUUACUCUUACAAGAUUACAUGUCUUGUUAUUGGCUAAUAUAACCAUAAUGUAUUUUUUAUUGUAUUAUGUAUUAUUUACAUAUAUAUUUCAUAUUGGAUAAGUUACUGAAAUACAUAAUAGUUUGAGAGAAAAUAUAACAUGUUCUUGUAUUAAUGAUAAAAUAAAAGUUUUUAUAUCAGUA